UUUACAAUCGCGGUUACAUAAUUGGCUAUCCUAUUACUAAUGCCGCAAACUAUACCCGUCCUGCCAUUCAACCUGCACCAACACAAUUGGCUUCUGUGCCGCUUUUCGCCGAGCUUAAACUGACCCUUGACAUCAUCCCACCUCCAAAAAAAAAUAAUUUAAUAUCUCUUGCUUAGAAACGCCCACAUCUUCUCCGGCCAACGCUUUAACCUCCAGCCCCGAAAAUGCCGCCUCCGCUCGCCGUACGCUGCACCCACGGGUCCUCGCCCUCGGCUGCGAGAUUAUUCGUGCGCUUGCUAUGCGCAUCGUCGUCGCCUAUAGGUAGUAGUAGUAGUAGUAAUAAUAGCAGCAGCACUCCUAUCCUCGAUGUGUUGUUGCCGCCGCGCACCCGAGCUUUCCACCUCGCACGGGACAUCCGCGGUCGGGCGCGAAACCUCCGGGUCCGGAAUGAUAGGAACGCUAUAUCGCAUGUCCCGUAUGGUACUGCUCGACGACAUUUUAGCGCCACGGCGCCCUGGCGCAAGACCCAAGUCGUGUAUAACCCGCAGAAGGACGAGGACGGUAACGACAUGGUCUUAGAGAUUACACCGCGCGCCGCCAACAAACUUUCGCAAAUCAUGGUCAAAGACAAAAACCCAAACUUAGCGCUGCGCAUCUCCGUCGAAUCCGGCGGGUGCCACGGAUUCCAAUACCUAAUGUCCCUAACCUCUCUCCCGCCCUCCUUGCCCUCCACCCCCGAGUCGACAACAUCCGCGCAUCCGCCCCCCGAAACCUCAUCUACCCCUCCCACCCCCGCCAACCAAGAGGGGCAAAAAACCACCGCCGAAAUCGCGCCCUCGACAACCACCAGCGCCGCGCCUUCCGCGCCCAGCAUCGGCGAGGACGAUACCAUCUUCGCGUUUGUAAAAGAUGAUCCCCCAUCUUCUACCGAAGCUUCCGCGCCGCCCUCGUCAUCAACCCCGUCAUCUUCAUCCGAGCCGUCUCCAUCUGUCGGCGCCGAAGCAAAAGACUUAACAAGCACCGCAACGCCCAAGAUCAUCCUAGACUCGCCGAGUUUAGAGCUGCUGAAGGGGAGUAAGGUGGACUACACGAUGGAGCUGAUUGGGAGCCAGUUCAAGAUCGUGGAUAACCCGCUUGCUACAAGCAGUUGCGGCUGCGGCACUAGCUUCGACAUCAAGAUAUAACAUUUCCGCCUUGGGGCCUUGGAUGUUUCCCUGUUUGGCCGAGGGUUCUUGUGUAUAUUUGUCUACCAUUCACAGUUUAUAUUAGAAUAUUUGCAUGAAAGAGGAAAGAAGGGGGGGAUGAGAUCCGCGGAAAUUGGCGGUGGUAUCAUAUUUUUCAUUGGGAGACAACUGUAUAUUCUACUGUCACGGCAUAUAACGAGGUUAGUGCCGUAGAUAUGAACAUAGAAUACAUUAAUUAUAUAAAUUA